CCUCCUCCCCCCUCCGGCUCUUCAUCUGCCCCGACCCCCUACACGCCGCCAUUGGCCGCCGGGUUCUUCAGCUCAGUCGAUUGGACGUGUUCCCACUCGGCAGCUCACCAUUGGAGUCGGUUCCAUGCAGAAAUGACUUGAGAAUGCAAGGUCUUUGGUCCCGCGCCGCUCCGGCGCAAUCUACUUGCCGUUGCGUCUCUUGCUUGAGUACCGUCUCCAAUGGCGUGGCCUCGAGAGCCACAUCGGCGGCAAGCAAGAGACGUCUCCGGCUCGGGAAUUCGGUCACCGCACUAUACACGAGCAUCUUCGCCGCCGCCGCGUUGGCAGACGCCCGGGCGAAGGGUCAACGCCGUAUCGAAUGGGAGGAAAAGAUCGCCGCAGUGAAGGAAGAGGUCAUCGAGCUGGUCGAUGAGGAGCAGCGCUUGGUAGAGGCCCUGUUGUCGCGCCGGAAGCAGGGAUUCCUCCGUGGAGCUCUACAGACUAGACACUUCGGCACCACGACUCGACCGGCACAUGUGAGAUACCAAUGGCCCAGACGGAACGUGCCGUUUGCCUCGUUUCACUCGACAACCGCAUUCGAAAAUGAGCGAGACAGCCAAAUAAUCCAUGAAUUGGUUGCGGAGAGCGAGGAUCCGCUGGCGGAAGAUGCUAACGAGGACUAUGGUCUUUCGCUUGAUAGUGAUGAUUCACCUACCUGGCUCUCCAGUGACGUGGUCCGCCAGAAAGUCAUUCGGAAAUUGGCGCUCAAACAGCUAGCCAUUCGACUGCUCCUCCGGCCGGCAAUUGCACACAGCUAUAUGGGUGUCCAGAUGAGUUACGGUGCCGAUUUCUCAGUACCCCAGUUGAAAGUGCCGGAGCUGCUAGCGGAGCUGAAUACCCUUCGACGUAGAAUGCGGCAAGUUAAAGGCUCGAAUACUUCUAAUAUCGAUGACUUGGCAAAAGACCUCCGCGUGCACUCGGUCCGACACAUGACGGAGGAGCGGAACCGACUGGACCGCGACAUCCAGCGCGAUUCCGAACUCUAUAUGCGAGACCAGAUGACCCUUCAGGAAUAUCUCCUCAGACUAGCCAACAAUCUGAUGCAAUGUACGGAUCCUGACCGACCAGAAGUCCUGAAAAAGAUGAUCCUAGCAUUUACCAAAACUCGCCAGAAUGAUCUCUGCGACUUGAUUUUAAAGACCAUUCUUCCUCACAAGUUCCCGCUCAGCGCCUCCCUCAUCCUCACGAUCCUGACCUUCUUCCGCAAAUCCAAAAAUCUGAUGGGAUUCGAUAUCUUUCUGGAGAUGUUGAACGGCCACGGCUAUCCCGUCGACAUGAACGGUUUGGGUCUUUAUCAGCGCCAAGUGGUCAAUGGGGUCGAGAUCAUUGUCCCCCCGGUAGAUUCAGCGAACCCCGUUAUCUACGCCACCCUAAUCGUGUCCUGUCUACGCUUCGACCAACCUGAUCGGGCUGAUGCAUACCUCCUCGCUGCAAGGGCGGCCGGACAUAUGGACGAUUUCGCUAUCCUCAACUCCUACCUGAGAUUCUGCGCCAUCCGCACCGACUGGGAGAAGGGAAUGCAGACGCUCAAGAGGACGUUGGCGUUCAUGGUCUCGUCAACAGAGCAUCGGAUGUUCCGACUUGAGCGACUCAUUGUGCUCAUGGUACAUAUGUGCGAUACAUGUGAAAAGUACGACAUGUCCGAGGCCAUCAUUGCUGCGGCAAUGAACAGCGGGUUCGACUGGGCGGCCGCCAGUAAGCAAUUGGACAUCAAAUCUUCCUAUGACCCUCACCACAGACGUUGGAAAUCGGCAGCCGAGGCCGCACCGAAGGACAUGCAAGAUAAGCGAGCAUGGGAGAAGUCCUAUGCCUUUGUGAACGUCAUGAACGACCAUGUGAACGCUUAUGAGGGCAAAUCCCCCUCCAAGAAAUGGCAAGACAUGAUCGAGCUCUACUCCCAACAGGUCCUAAACUCUAUGCUUGCCGGCUCUCCGGGCUCGUCCAACGUGACCAAUGCAUCGCAGCCCGUGUUUGAAGAUGCCGACCGCCAGAAACUCCUCCAAGAAAUCAGCAAACAAGUCGAAAUCACCAAGCAGGAGAACGCAUCUGCGGCAGCUGCCCAAGAGCAAGAGAUCACAUCGCUCAAGGCCGAAAUCUCGCAACUGAAACAGAUGGUCUUCGACCUCCACCAGGCGCGAAAAAACGAAUCCGUCCAACCCCCUCCUCCCUCCCAACCUACCCACCAAGACCUCCUCCGCAAAAAGCGCGAACGCAUGCCUCCUAUCUCCGAACUAGGGUCUCCUACCAACCAAUUCAGAAUCCGAUACAUGAAGUCGUAGACGCCUCCCUCUUAGGUAGCGUCUCACUUCAACCCACCGCAUCCGUCCCGCGCGCAUCUCUCCCUCCCUCUCUUCAUUCCCUUUCUGGUUGAAUAGGGUCCCUUACACUAUAUACCUCUACCGCUACUCUCCGCGCACGGCGAACACCAUGUUGAUAGUCUCCCUAUGUGGCCGGAGUUGCAUUAUCCAGGUGAUCAGUUGGUUUUAGAUUUCGACAUUGUUGAUACCUGGAUGAAUUGUACAGUAUAUUAUAACUCUUUCUUUCUCAGAUGACAAGCAAACAAGGGUUAGAAUUGAGCGCUAGACCUCGCUCCCCUUUUUUAGGUGUUUUGGGUUCGGACCUUCACCCCUCUUGUAUGAUUAUGGGGGAUUCGGUAUGCUGUAGGGAGUGUUUAGAGACUCUUCUGUAAUAGCCA